AUGCCGGCAGAUACAACCCGAACAGGAUCAGAUUUUUUAACCCCAUUGGGCUAUAAAAUCCUUGACAAUACCCACGAUCUCGCAGUACAAGUUUUCAAAUUCAUCUCGUACUACGGCAUGAGUUCGAAAGAUCCAAAAAGUUCUAAUGACUCUGGUAGAUCUCCAAGUUCUGAUAGUUCAGAAAGUUUCCCCAAAACGCUGAUAUUCUCUAAAGCUCCCUGUUUAUCUCGCCAGCUUGCAGAUCUUCAGUGGGGUACAUUAUCUAAUAACAGUAGAUCAACCCCCAAUCUAAAGAAAAUUCCUAGAAUGAGUUUGAGGGAUUAUGCCACUCAUAAAUAUAUUCAUUUUGAGAUUCUUAAACUUUCACGUGAACUCAAUCAAGCAUAUACUUAUCAAAUUCUAUUGGAUAUAAUUUUACAAUUUUCAUUAUUGCUAUGUAUACUUUAUAAUACAUAUUUUUAUUUAAUAUCAUUAAAUUUAUCAGAAGUAUUUUUAGAUAAAGAAAUUUCAAUAACUAUUAUAUGGAUUUCUUUGCUUUCGACAAAAAUUAUUCUUAUAAAUAAUCACUGUACUAAUUUUUAUCGCGAGGUAGAAAUAACAGCACAUUUGCUUCGAGAAUUAGAUAUUUGCUAUUUAGAUAAUUCCAUUAGAGAUGAGGUACUACAAUUUUCGUUACAACUCUUUCUUCAUCCUUUAAAAUUUACUGCUGGUGAUUAUACACUUAAUAACAGGUUAUCAACAAUGAUUUUUAAUACUAUAAUAACAUAUUUGAUUGUAUUAGUACAAAUAAGUCCAUUGUUAGUACGAUGA